ACAAAAGUAUUAGCGAGCUGAUCAGACAGAGAAGCUCAAACAAUGCCGUUGACGAGGUAUCAGUCUCGUAACGAGUAUGGAUUAGCAGAUCCGGAUCUAUAUCAAGCUGCUGAUAAAGAUGACCCUGAAGCUCUGCUUGAAGGAGUCGCCAUGGCUGGUCUCGUUGGCAUUUUGCGUCAACUUGGUGAUCUCGCUGAGUUUGCUGCUGAGAUGUUUCAUGACUUGCACGAAGAAGUAAUGGCUACUGCUUCUAGAAGUCAUGGUUUAAUGGCUCGUGUACAACAAUUGGAAAUAGAGUUCCCUUCUAUAGAGAAGGCAUUACUGUGUCAGACCGAUCAUUCGCCAUUUUUCUCUAAUAAAGGUGUGGAAUGGCAUCCGAAUCUACAAUUGGAACAGAGUGUGAUUACAAGUGGUGACUUACCCCGGUGUGUAAUGGAUUCUUAUGAGGAAUGCCGAGGUCCUCCGAGGCUAUUUCUUCUGGACAAGUUUGAUAUUUCGGGAGCUGGGGCUUGUUUGAAACGCUACACCGAUCCAUCAUUUGUUAGGCUUGAAACGUCUUCAUAUGAAGAAUCAUGGGAUGAUAUUCAGAGAGAGAAGAAAUCACAGAAAGCAAAGAGGAGAGCAUCUCAGUGGAGGAAUGGAGGAACACCUGAAAAUGCUCUAUCAUCACAUGCCAAAUUGCAUGAAUUGUUUUUGGAGGAGCAUUUAGAGGCUCAUCAUUCAGAUCCAGCGCGCGUUGUGAAGUUAAAAACUAGAAAGCUGGAUGGGUGUUCCCUUAUUUCAAAAUCAGGGGAAAGCUACAUGGAGAAAUUUGUGCAGACACGUGUAGAUAGUAAAAUAAGUUAUGAAAUAAUUACCCAAAACCCCGGACUGUUGACAUGGAAUAUGGAUAGUGCUAGAGAUGUAGUAACCGAUAUACCUGAAAUCAGUAUGGUGGGUGCUAUGGAUAAGUCUCGCCGAGGAAGCAGAGCAGAGGUUUCAUCUCCAAGGGAGCAGGAAAAUGUGGCAAAUAUUAACUUAAAUGGAGGUUUUAUUGAAAAAGAUAUAGAGACAGUGCCUGAAUCUACAUACAAUGAGGUCCCUGCUACAACUAUUACAAAGGAUUCACAAACUAAUUUGAAUGGGAAGCCAGGGUUUUUUCAACAGAGGAGUUAUUCUGAAGAUUUAACCAGUGAGGCUGACAAUUAUGUGGACGCACCAGCCACCAUGGAGUCGGAAACAGAAACAGACGAUGAGUGUAGACCUAAGAGUAGAUCAGAUCCUUUGAAGGAUGGGAACCAUCGUACAUAUUCUGAUGCUGAUGAAGAGAAGAUGGAGGACCCACCUCAAUUUUCAUUUUUUCAUUCAAAUGGAAACACACCAGUUUCAGAAAAUGGGCGAAGCUCAUUUGGGAAACGCAGCACUAGUUACUCUUACUCGGACACUGCAAGCAUAUCCAUUGAUGAUCAAUCUGAUGGAGAGAAACUUUCUGGAUGUUUACCUUCUACUUCUAGUUUUAAGAGGGAGUUGGUGGAUUCUACGUCUCACGUUACUCCUGAAGCCAAGAAAGUGUCUAAUUUUAAUGUUCAGGAAUCAGUUAGUAGCAGCAAUGUAGAUGGCCAGACAUCAUUAAGUUUGAAUGGAACGUGUUCAAGUCCAAGGCCAGUCUCUCAGAAUGAUCAAUCAUGUUCACUGACAGUUCAAUGUUUAGAACCAGAAGUCGAUGAAACUUCUCCAGAACUUGUUAGGUUUGAUCUAAUGAAGGGAGGCAAUGAUGGAAACAAGGUGGAUCCAUUCGAUUCUUCAAAAUCUUGUGCAGCUUUUGAUGCUAAAAACUCUAACUUGCCUUCUGAAACUUCAUCAAUUAGUUCAACUUCUGAAGGAAGCAGAUGCGAUAUUACCAUUGAGAAGAACUGUAUGGUUGCUUCAAAUUUAGUAAACUCAGGCACUAGUCCUCAAGUGUUUGUUGAUAGUCAAACAGAAGGUAAACAGUUACCUAUUGCUGAUAAUGAUAUUGAGACGAACUCUACAGUUGCUUGUUCUGAAGUUUUAGCAAACUCAGGCAGCGAUCCUGAAGGCGUUGAUGGUAGUGGCCUAACAGGAAAGCCGUUACCUUGCUCAGCUGGGAUGGGGAUGGAAGUUUCACCUGAUAUGCCCUCUAAAGUCUGUGGUCCAAGUACAGUUGAUGGAAUUCACUUAAAAGAUACUCUGGAUGAUGAAACCGAUUGUGUUACAGUGACUAAUGUAGUUGCUGGCGUUGAUUCUAAAAAUUAUGUUGCCGACGUUGGUUCUCAAAGUUCAGUUGCUGACAUUGAUUCUCAAAGUUCAGUUGCUGAGAUCUCCGAUGAGCAUUCAUGUGCCUUUGGCAACACGGCUGAUGUAUCUGUUUCAGAGUCCCAUGAAGACACACUAGAGAAUGGAAUGUCCAUGCCUGAUGAGGUUGAUAGUAAGCUUACUUCUGAUUUUAACUCAGGAGGAGAGAAUUUGGUGGGAGAUGCUUCACCCACUUGUAGCAAAUGCGAUGAACAUAUCUCUCAUGAAGGUUUUCAUGACCUUUCUGGGCUGGACAACGUAACCACAUACAUUGUCCCGAGCGUAGAGCUUGCUGUGUCUGAUAAUGACAAUGACAGUGACACUUCCAGUGGUGGUGUUAACCAUGCCGUUAGUCUGUCAUCUACUAGUUUGAAUGGUUCUCUGCCUUGGAUUUCGACCAAUACUUAUCAAUCGUCUUCUGAUGCUGGAGAGAUUUUCCAUGAUACAGUUGUAGAGUCUGACGGGACAAUACCAGCAGACCAUAAUCCAGAGUCAGAGAUAAAAAUGCAGAAAAGCCCUCUGGAAGUGUCUUCAGAAGGUCUGAGUACUGCUCUAGACAACAAGGACGUAGAAAGUUGUGAAUCUAUAAGUCCCAAGCCAUCUCUGGAUCAAAGGUACAGAGACACAGAAACCAAAUCUCCUGGUGAGAGCAUUCUUGAUGAAAAUUGCAUAGAUUCCUCACCAGUGAAUAAUCUGAACGUUUUAGAGAGUGAGGCUAUCGAGCACACAGUUAGAGAGCAAACACCUUGUGCAAGCAAUGAAGUUGCAGAUGAGGAAUUGCUGCCGUCAAAUGUUUUCAGGGGCUUAGAGUUUGUACCACAAUCUGCAUGCUUAGAAUUUGCACCACAAUCUGCAGGUAUAGAAUUGAACAGACCCGAGCAAGAGUUGAAUCUGGAUCCUACUUUUCCUAGCUUUGGUUUUAUCCCUGAGACUACUCCACCCAAUCCGGAGGACAUGCCACCGCUGCCACCCCUUCCUCCUAUGCAAUGGCGUAUUGGAAAGGUUCCACAUUCUUUUCCUACCUUCAUGGGGGAAUCAGUCGAAACCAGUAGUUCUGCUUUAUCAGCGGCACCACCCAUUGGUUCUAGCUUGAAUGUUCAAAUUGGGUCUAAACCAUCAGAGCUGUCUGUAUCUUUAGGAAGUGACGAAUCAGAACAACUUCCUGGACGGUUUGUGGACAAUGCUUCAGAAAAGCCGUCGCAAUCAUCCAUUGAGUUCCCAACCAUUGGCACUGAUUUGAAUAGUCAAUACGACAGUUCUGAGCUCCCUACAAUGCCUAAUCAGGAGUGCAUAGAGGAUUUUGGUUCUGAAGAAAACAAUCAUUUGGCUGACCAGGCAGCUCAGAACCAUGAGCUCGUUUAUUCACAAGAGUCGUCAUUGCAGCUGCCUCAGGAUCUACCGGUGAAAUACGAAGAUUUCAAGGACGAUGCAGAUGUGCAUGAAUCUCAAAGUUCAAGCGAUGAUAACCGUUUUCCUGAAACCAAAGCCCUGACGCUAACUCAAUCAACAAAGGUAGAAGAUAAGGGUCAUUCGGUUCCUGAUGCUUCAAAUGCAGAAACAGCAGAAUCAUCAAACACGUCAGUUCAGAAGAUAAUUCCUGUUUCAGUGGGAGAUGCUAUGUGGCCUGUCAGCUGUUUCUCUGUGGCACCUACCUUGGACGCAAAUAAGCCAGAAGUGGUCCCUACGGUUAGACUUCCUCGGCCAAGAAGUCCGCUUGUCGAUGCCGUUGCAGCUCAUGACAGACGCAAGAUGAAGAAAGUCUCUGAGAUGGUCCAACCACCAAUCAAAUCAAAGCAAGAUGACAAGGAUUCGCUGCUUGCACAAAUACGAAACAAGUCCGUCAAUCUGAAGCCUGCCGUAGCAACACGACCCAGCAUCCAGACUGGUCCUAGAACAGACUUAAGGGUAGCUGCAAUCUUAGAGAAAGCAAACACAAUACGCAUGGCAAUGGUUGGAAGCGACGAGGACGAAGAUUCAGAUAGUUGGAGUGAUUCUUGAAACCAUGAUCGUUGGCUUUUCCGUUGUGUGUUUGUUUCAUGAUGAGUGCACAAGCACUUGGAGUCAGGUAGGUUAUACAAUUUCUAUUUCAGACAUAUAACAUCAAAUACACAUACCGUCAUCGC